AUGGUGGGCGGGUCUGAGGGACAGUCUUAUGAUCCAGGUCUGCGGAAGAGGCUACAGAAGCGGGCGCAGGCGUGUGGCAGGUGCUCCCGCGGGCGUGUGUGGGGGACGGUGAAGAGCCGUCUGCCCAUCCUCGACUGGCUCUUCAAGUACAAUCCCCGCCAGGCCUUCCUUGGGGACCUCAUCGCCGGCCUCACCGUCGGCGUGAUGAGCAUCCCGCAAGGGAUGGGCUACGCCUUAAUGGCCGACCUGCCACCCAUUACGGGCAUCUACGCCAGCAUCUUCUCCUCGCUGAUCUACAUGUUCCUGGGCACGUCAAGCCACGUCUCCCUCGGGCUGGUGGCGUCCCUGUGCAUGCUGACUGGGAAGGUGGUGGCGGACCUGGCCACCCUCGACGCUCCGCCCACAGCCAACGCCACGGACUUCUACUCCACCUCCACCGCACCGCAGAGCCCCGAGGACUUCACUACUUAUCACUUCAGCGACUACGCCGACUUUAACACCACCGCCGACCCGACCUACAGCCCCAUCCAGGUGGCUUCAGCGCUGGCCAUCAUCGCUGGGGUGUGGCAGGUGAUGAUGGGCGUGUUCCAGCUCGGGGAGGUGUUCACUAUCCUGCUCUCAGAAAUGGUCAUCUCGGGCUUCACCACCGGCGUCGCUUUCCAUGUCCUCACCUCUCAGGCCAAGAACUUCCUGGGCAUCGCUGUGCCCCGCUACUCCGGCCCCUUCAAGGCCUUCUACACAUACCGAGACCUGUUCAAGAAUCUGUUAAACGCCAAACCGGCGGCGCUGGUGGUGUCGGCGAUCUGCAUGGUGGUGCUGGUUGUCUACAACGAGGUGAUCAAGCCCAAGAUGCGGAAGGUGAGCCGCAUCCCCCUGCCCAUCGAGCCGCUGGUGGUGGGCGUGGGCACGCUGGCCAGCUACCUGCUCAACAUGAAGGACAACAAUAACAUUGCGGUCAUCGGCCACGUGCCCAAAGGGUUCCCCAAGCCGUCCAUGCCCCUCCUCGAGCUGGCCCCAAGCAUGCUUCUGGACACCUUCCUCGUCGCGGUGAUCGGCUACACCUUGGCGAUUUCCAUGACAAAGAUCAUCGCCAAGAAAAAAGGCUACACGAUCGACCCCACCCAGGAGAUGUACGCCCAGGGCUUCAUCAACUUGUUCGGGUCGUUCUUUUCCUGCGCACCCAUGUCCGUGUUGCUGUCAAGGUCGAUGGUUCAAGAGGCGGCGGGCGGCGUCACCAACAUCACCUGCUUCUUCACCAGCGGCUUCCUGAUCGUAGUGCUCUACUCCAUUGGGCCACUCUUUGAGUCGCUCCCCAUCGUAGGUCACUGGAUAUCCCUACUGUUUGCCAGCUCUCAUGAAUACUGA